AUGGAAGACACGGAGGUGUUCGUCAUUGUGAAGAGUCAGCUGGUUCCAUGUGUGGUGUGUGUACUGACCAAGCCACACAAGAUGCGAUACCGACUACUGAUGUGUUCCUCGGAAACAUGCAACGCAGCCACGCCAUAUGACGCGUGUCGGUGGAAGGGUAAGGUGCUCACGUGCCAAAGUCUUUACCGCGUCAUCAUAAUGGAGACUGGUGGUCACGAGACGCUGGUGAACCCCCCCCCCCCUUCCAAAAAAAAAAACCAAGAUGACCCCCGCCUCAAGGACUACGGUCGUGAAAUGGCAACGCAAGGGUUGAAGCCCGCCCGGAUUCGCAAUGGCAUGGCUCGGCGAUUUGGGUUGGCGGAGACGGAGAUGCCGACGCUACGUCAGAUCGACCAGUUGGCUUAUGGCCCGACCGUCUCAGACACGACUCCAUUUUCGUUCGGAUGGGAACGUGACGCACGCGGCAAACCAGAUGUGGGGAACGACUCUGACGAAAACCCAUUUUUGGUGGGACUGACAACGAAGCGUCUUCUACUGAAUGCGGCCCGCGACCCAGAGUCAUUUGUGUUUCACAUGGGCGCCACGUUCAAGUUGAACCAAGUCGGGUAUCCUGUCUUUUCGCUGGCCGAGCUCCACAGGGUUUUUACUUCCGUGUCUGGUGGGCGACAACUGUUGGUCAAGUUCGUCAUGGCCGAUGCUGAAGCUGCCCAACAGAACGCAGUGACACGAGUCUUUGGUGUCGAUUGUGAAUUUGUAUACUUGAUGUGCUUCUAUCAUGUGAUGGCCAAGGUUCACGAAAAACUUAAGGACGUACCGGAGUACUUGUCCAAACAAGUGAUGGCGGACAUCUAUGAUCUCCAUUGCGCGGAUAGCCAAGAUGUCUAUGACGAACAAGUGCAACAGAUUAUAACCAAGUGGUCGGAUGAAGAGCAGCUGGUUUGUGGAUACGCCACCACAAACAACCCGCUGGAGCAGUUCAACCGUCUGAUCAAGCGUGACUACACUCUCCGGCCCAAACAUAAGAUUGGGACACUGUUCCAGCUGCUGGCAGAUUGUUGCGGGCACCAGUCGGUAACUUUAAGAAUCUUCAAGGAAUCCCCUGAAGCCACUCAGCAGUUAAACGCAAGGGUUAAGGAUUUUCGCAACCGAGAUCUUCAUGUGGACAUGACUCCCAGCCGGCCCAGUAUCGACUUCCUACUUGUUUCCCCAAACCCAGACGUGAUUCAUGUGAUGCCACGUGGCUGUGAGCGUAUCUAUCUUCCGGAACUCGGGCGCAGUCGCGAAGUAGCCCCGGUGUCGGCCCAGAUGGGAGUGAAUUACGCGCGAAUGGAGGUAUUUGGGCAGCCUGAGGGAGGCUGGCAUGUGGAUUUGAGUACGAAUUCGUGCGGAUGGAAGUACUACUUCAAGUUUGCAAUCUGCAUUCACGUGCGCUUUGCUCUGCAGAUUAAAAACUACACGGGACUGGAUGGGAAAAGGACUCUAGCCAAUCGUUCCGUGUCUAAAAAUCGCAGCCGAUCGGAUACCCCUAGUGCCCGAGUGCCUGCCGGUCGCCCCCUGGUAAAGCGACAUGCGUUGAAUACGGAGUAA